GUCAUCUCCUUCCUCCGCCGUCGGACCGUGGUCUGUUCAUCAUCCCUGUGGACGAAGAGAUUCCGUCAUCGCCGUGGUGACAGCAGAGACAGAAGCAGGGCCUGAUCAUGGGAGACGGGAGGAGGCCAUCAUGUGCCGAAAUCUGUCCAAAUAUGCCCUCCUCUUCCUCUUCCUAGCUGUGUCUGGACUCAUCUUCCUGCUCCGCAACAUCCACACGGUGGAGAACUGGAAUUGCCACACGAUUUCAGCCCUCUACCAGCUACAGAGCAGGAUCCAUUCAUCCUUCAUCCCAGUCAGCACUUUUUAUCACAACCACACCUUCUGCGCUCACCUGGGCCAGAAACCCUCACCAGAAGAUGAACUGGAAGAACGCUACCUGUUGGACUCUAUUGCCUGGCCUGGGCCUCCACCUCGCUCUAUGCCAACUGCCUUUCGCCAGACAAGUGACCCCGUGCACAGCCUGUUUGCCAUCCUUCCCGCUAAAGGAGGAAGGGAGUGGCAUGUCGGUGACCAACUGGAGGCCCUCAUCCAAAUACAUGACUUCCAGGGCCGUCCCAAGCGCUAUGGUGGGGAUUUCCUUUUGGCCAGACUGCACUCUCCGGAGCUCGGAGCAGGUGUAGCAGGCGCAGUGCUGGACCACAGGAAUGGAUUUUAUUCUGCUCUCUUCCCACUCCUCUGGGUUGGGUCUGCACAAGUUGAGAUUAUGUUGGUGCACUCAAGCGAGGCCGUUGCUGUGCUGCAACGGCUGAGGGAAGUGCACCCUGAUCGCGUGUUUUUUAAGAGCCUGUUCCGAUUGGGUUUCAUUUCUGAAACUACAAUGUGCAACAUGUGCCUGCCCCCUGAUCAGCAGCCUCUGUGCAACUACACGGACCUGUACACAGGGGAACCCUGGUACUGCUACAAGCCCAAGAUACUCAGCUGUGACACCAGAAUCAACCACGCCAAAGGUGGCUACCUGAAACACCUCAUCACCAACAAGGAGGCACUGCUCUUACAGAGUGGUGUAAACCUCAAAGUGCACAUACAUGCUUCAGGACCCGACAGAAUCAAUGUGCUGCCACCAAGGAAAGAUAAAGUAGAGGUAGAAAGCAGCAGUAUAAAACCAGAAGCUAUUACGCUAGAACCAUCUGGAUAUUACUACGAAGACUCAUGGAGGCCGCUAGGUGGGGUUACAAUGCGCCGGUUCAGUGACUCAUCUGCCAUCACUCAGUGUUUGAAGAACAAGGUGAUUUACAUGUACGGGGACUCCACCGUCAGGCAGUGGUUUGAGCACCUCAUUGCUUUUGUACCAGAGUUGAAGGAGUUCAAUCUACAAAGUCCUAAAAACGUUGGGCCUUUCAUGGCAGUGGACAGCACUCAUAAUAUUCUCUUGAAGUACCGCUGCCAUGGCCCACCCAUCCGAUUCUCCACCGUCAUGUCCAGCGAGUUGAGGUACAUUUCAAAUGAGCUGGACGGCCUUUCUGGGGGUCCCAACACCGUCGUGGUCCUCAGCAUCUGGGCCCAUUUCAGCACCUUUCCCGUGCAGGUAUACAUACGGCGGCUCCGUCACAUUCGGCGGGCGCUGGUGCGACUUCUGGACCGAGCGCCAGGGACGCUAGUUGUGAUCCGCUCAGCCAACCUCCAGGCCCUGGACCAAGAGGUGAGCCUGUACAACAGCGACUGGUAUUCUCUGCAGCUGGAUAAUGUACUCAGGACCAUGUUCAAAGGAAUGAGCGUUCUGCUGGUGGACGCCUGGCAAAUGACUUUAGCACACCACCUCCCCCAUGCCCUCCAUCCACCUCCAGCCAUUGUGAAGAACAUGAUAGACAUGCUUCUGUCUUACGUUUGCCCAGAGAAGAAGAACAGCCAACAGAAAUAGAGGCACAGUGACCAUGGAUCAGUUGAAGGAGACUUUACUUCUGAAUCCAGCAAUCGGUUCUUCAAAUCCAAACGCUCACUUCUUUGUUCAGCUUUUUUGAAGACUUGUAAACAAGUGUUCUCUGAAGCUACAUACCCUUUAAAUACCACCUUUACUGAGAGAUUUAGACUGAUACCACUGAUCUCUGUUUCCUUGGCUGUUACAUUUAAUUUUGUUCCCCACAUAGCUAAUUUCUUUUCCAGGAAUGCCAAAGACCUUGGUAACAAAAACACUUGAAAACAAUCACUAUGUGUGCGUGUAAUGUUUUGUCUGUGUGAUAUUCUUACUUACGUCGCCCAUAUUCAAUAGAUAGAUAGAACUUUAUUAAUCCCUUGGGCAGGGUCCCCCCGGGGUAUUAAGGUUCCAGCAGCAGCACAGCACUGUAGAUAAAGGACAGUAAUAAUUCUAAAAACAGCUGUAAAAAACAGGAAAUUGCACAUCAGAAAGUACUAAACCAUAACUUCAGUUUUUCAGAAACCUGCUUUUCAGCAAGGUUUCGUGAACAUUAAGUCAAACGCUGCCAGUGGUGUGUGUACAUCUGAGACUCGACCUUUACGUACGUUUCUAAUGACUCUUUUGUAUUAAUUCUUAGCUUUUUAUUACAGAAAUAAUUUUCUUUCUGUCUUCAGUUUCGAUUCUGGGUGUUUUAUAGGGACAUUUGAGGGAUAACGUAACGUAAUAAUAAUGUAAUAUGAUCAAGUACUGUAUGUGUCACAUGUUUGUCAUUGGAAGCCGGGAGAGGAGAGUGAAAGCUGUUUAUUGAGGGGUUUCAGGUCUGUGUGGUGUAAAGAGAUAAUGUGCCUAUUUUAUAUCUAAUUGUGUCUGUCUCUGACAACAUCAGAGACAUAGUAUUUAGUCAUUUAUAAGAACUGAGAUGCUUUCAUGUAUUUGCAACUGUUUUGCUUUUCUAACAUUGUUAAAAGGACCAGUUUGUAACCAAACAAGUUUGGACCAGUGUUUGGAAGCCAUUGCCAUAGCUGUGGUUCAGAUCAUGUGGUAAAGGGAGGCCUGAGCUGGAGCUGGGUGAUGCGUUAGUACAAGAUUAAUAUCACAAUGAGGUGCUAAAGGUGGCCACGAUUGAUUGAUUGAUUGAUUUAUGAAUGAUCUUAAAGCCUGUGAUAUUCAGUAAACUAAAUUGUAGCAAUGGCAUUAGAAGUCACAGAUCAGUCUCAGUGACUCUUAUUCAUAUGAACUUAAAAUUCAUUCUGAUUUUCAUGUAUUUAACCAGGUAAAUGUUUUGUUAAGAUUUAUAUUGCUGUUUCUGGCCAAGAGGGCAGCGUUUAAACACUGUUACAACAAUAACAACUGACUGAGCCACCGCAGCUCUCAGUCACAUUUGAUAAUGGAUUGGAUGCUGCCAAGUAAGCCCUGAGUGCUCGUUGGUUCAGAGCUGUAGUUGACAGGUUUGCAUCACUGUUACAUAUUUAUUAGUUUGACAGCAUGUUGGAAAUGCAGGGGAUUUUAGAGAAUUCUAAAAGCACAUAUUUCAGUUGAUAUUAAAGGAGAUAUUAUGCAGAAGGACAGUGACUGCAGUUAAUUUGUGCUUUCUUUCUGUGGGAGAACAGGAAAAUAAUUUGUUGUUUUCAUAUAUUAAUGUCUGGGAAACACGAAAAUAUAAGGAAUACGGUGGAAUAGAUUUUGGAUAUUAAUUUAUAUUUGUUGACGCAGCUGUUAGUCCCGCCAGGUCCCUUAUUCUCAUAUUCUUCUAAUCUACAUGUGGCUUGCACCAUUCACUGCCUUUACCUGCGGCAGUUGUGCUCAAUGACUUACCUGCUGAAUAAAAUUAAAACCUGUCAAAAUGUAAUGAAAUGUUUUGCAAAUGAAACAAAAAAACUACUAAUGCAUUCAACUUUUUCGUAAUGUAGCAUUAUUUGAGCUAUAUAUCUCACUCACACAUGACAUGGCAUCUGAUGAUCUCACUCCUAACCCAUGGGCAUGGAUAACGUGCUGCUGCUGUAACAGCCUCCUCCUGGACCUGGAUUUGCUCCACUUCAGCCACAAAACGAAGAAUGAGGUCAGACACUGAUGUUAGGCCGUCAGUCCUGGCUCACAGUCGGCGUUUUAAUUCCUUCCAAAGAUAUUUGAUGGGUUUGAGUUUGAUACCUUCCACACCAAACUAAAAAAGAAACACACACACACACAAAGUGGUUUAACUGGCCUGACUUUCUGCACUGGAGUGUUGUGUCUCAACAUGAAAGGGCCUUGCCCAAAGCUGGAAGCACACUGUUUAUCUAUAUAUCUAUAUUAUAUCUCAAACCAUGAGACACAGCCUCAGGCCUUACAUACAUAAAAGUAAGUUGAUGGGGAUGCACAGAGCAGAACUACAGCUGUUUACCGAAAGUUACUGUGAGGAACAACUUUAUAUCAUUUUGUUGGAACCAUAAUAAAAGUGUGUCUUUUUUACACAAAUUUUGACAGAUUGCUGUGAAAGUUAGAGAACUGAGGUAGAAUUAACAGAAAUGCUGAUUGAAUUGUCAAAAUAACAGUUGCUGUAGCUGCUCCUUUGCACAGCUCUGCUUCCUGUUAGAUGGGAUACAGGGAACAGAGACCACUGGAUCCCACAUUGAAAAUGUACAUUGACUUAUUAUUGAGUACUUAAGUAAAACUGUCAAAUAAAUCACUGAAAA